AUGUCUCAGAAAGAGCAAGAAAGACAAGAAGUUGACCCCAGCUCUAUCCCAUGGUAUGAGUCCCUAGACCCCUAUAUGAGCUCUCUUCCGUGGGAUGAACAGGUGGAAUUAGAGGAAAAGCGAUUGGAAGAAAUGGAGAAUGAAAAUCUCAUGAACAGAGAGAAGAUUAAGAUCCUGACGGAAGAAAAUGAGAGAAAGAGCGCUGAAUUAGAAAAAUUAUCCUACCAGCUUCAGGAAAGGGAAGGUAUUAUUGAGGAGAAACAAUGGGCUCUCCAAGAUGAGAAGAAUCAGGAGCUCCAAGAAAAGCUUGAUGAAGCUCUGGAAAAAAAUAAACAUCUGCUCCAAAAUGAGAAAAAAGAGAGCAUUGAAGGGGAUAAAAUGCUCAAGAAGAAUCAGGAGCUCCAAGAAAAGCUUGAUGGAGCUCUGGAAAAAAUUAAAGAUCUGCUCCAAAAGGAGAAAAAUGAGAGCAUUAAAGGGGAUAAAAUGCUCAAGAAGAAUCAGGAGCUCCAAGAAAAGCUUGAUGGAGCUCUGGAAAAAAAUAAAGAUCUGCUCCAAAAGGAGAAAGAAGAGAGCAUAAAACAGGAAAACAUGGUCAAGAAGAAUCAGGAGCUCCAAGAAAAGCUUGACGAAGCUCUGGAAAAACUGAACGAAAUCCACCAAGAAGAGAAGCAACAGGCCGAGCAGAGAGACAUGCAGAGCAAACUCCAGGGAAUGGAGGAAAAAUACAAAGCACUGCAGGUGAAACAUGAUAAAACUCUGCACAAAAAUCAACAGUUGCUUCAAGACAAGAAGCAAAUGGAAAUGAAACAGAAAGAAAUGGACUCCAAGCUUGACGAGAUGGAGGAAAAACACAGAUUGCUCCAAAUCAAGCUUGAGAAAACAGCGCACAGAAAUAAAGAGUUCAUUCAAGAGAGAGAGCAACAAGAAAUGCUCGAGAAAGAAACGGACUCCAAGCUUGAAGUCUUGGAGGAAAAACUGAAAAUGCUGCAAAUAACUCUUGAGGAAACACUCCUCAAAAAUAAAGAGAUGCUUCACGAGAAAGACCAACAGAAAGUACGUCAGGAAGAAAUGGAUUGCAAGCUGAGGAACAUCGAGAAACAAAAUGAAGGCUUGCAAGUUAUGCUUGAUGAAGCUCUGGAGAGAAAUAAAGAGUUCCUUCACGAGAAAGAUCAACAGAAAAUACAAAAGGAGGAAAUGGAUUGCAAGCUGAGGAACAUCGAGAAACAAAAUGAAGGCUUGCAAGUUAUGCUUGAUGAAGCUCUGGAGAGAAAUAAAGAGUUCCUUCACGAGAAAGAUCAACAGAAAAUACAAAAGGAGGAAAUGGAUUGCAAGCUGAGGCACAUCAAGAAACAGAAUGAAGGCUUGCAAGUAAUGCUUGAUGAAGCUCUGGAGAGAAAUAAAGAGUUGCUUCAUGAGAAAGACCAACAGAAAAUACAAAAGGAAGAAAUGGAUUGCAAGCUGAGGAACAUCGAGAAACAAAAUGACGGCUUGCAAGUAAUGCUUGAUGAAGCUCUGGAGAGAAAUAAGGAGAUCCUCAAAGACAAGAAACAACAGCCCGUAGAGCAGAGAGACCUGCAGAGCAAACUCCAAGCCAUGGAGGAAAAAUUCAAAGCUCUGCAGGUGAAGCAUGACAAAACUCUGCACAAAAAUCAACAGUUGCUUCACGACAAGAAGCAAAUGGAAAUGAAACAGAAGGAAAUGGACUCCAAGCUUGACGAGAUGGAGGAAAAACACAGAGGGCUCCAAAUCAGGCUUGAUAAAAAAGUGCACAGAAAUAAAGAGUUCAUUCAUGAGAGAGAGCAACAAGAAAUGCUCGAGAAAGAAACGGACUGCAAGUUUGAAGUCUUGGAGGAAAAAUGCAAAAUGCUCCAAAUAACUCUUGAGGAAACACUCCUCAAAAAUAAAGAGUUGCUUCACGAGAAAGACCAACAGAAAAUACAACAGGAAGAAAUGGAUUGCAAGCUGAGGAACAUCGAGAAACACAACGAAGGCUUGCAAGUAAUACUUGAUGAAGCUCUGGAGAGAAAUAAAGAGAUCCUCCAAGACAAGAAACAACAGCCCGUAGAGCAGAGAGACCUGCAGAGCAAACUCCAAGCCAUGGAGGACAAAUACAAAGCUCUGCAGGUGAAGCAUGACAAAACUCUGCACAAAAAUCAACAGUUGCUUCAAAACAAGAAGCAAAUGGAAAUGAAACAGAAGGAAAUGGACUCCAAGCUUGACGAGAUGGAGGAAAAACACAGAUUGCUCCAAAUCAGGCUUGAUAAAAAAGUGCACGGAAAUAAAGAGUUCAUUCAAGAGAGAGAGCAACAAGAAAUGCUCGAGAAAGAAACGGACUGCAAGUUUGAAGUCUUGGAGGAAAAAUGCAAAAUGCUCCAAAUAACUCUUGAGGAAACACUCCUCAAAAAUAAAGAGUUGCUUCACGAGAAAGACCAACAGAAAAUACAACAGGAAGAAAUGGAUUGCAAGCUGAGGAACAUCGAGAAACACAACGAAGGCUUGCAAGUAAUACUUGAUGAAGCUCUGGAGAGAAAUAAAGAGAUCCUCCAAGACAAGAAACAACAGCCCGUAGAGCAGAGAGACCUGCAGAGCAAACUCCAAGCCAUGGAAGAAAAAUACAAAGCUCUGCAGGUGAAACAUGACAAAACUCUGCACAAAAAUCAACAGUUGCUUCACGACAAGAAGCAAAUGGAAAUGAAACAGAAGGAAAUGGACUCCAAGCUUGAAGAGAUGGAGGAAAAACACAGAGGGCUCCAAAUCAGGCUCGAUAAAAAAGUGCACGGAAAUAAGGAGCUGCUUCAAGAAAAAGACCAACAGAAAAUACAACAGGAAGAAGAAACACUUAAUCUCCAGAGGAAAAAUCAAGCACUCCAAGAAUUGUAUAAUGAAACGAGGUACAAAACAACUGUACUGGAAGGAGAAAAGAAAAAAAUGGAAAAACAGUGCUCAGCGAUGCAGAGCAGCAUCAAUGAAAUGCUGAGUAAAAAUACCGAACUGGAGGAACUUUCUAAGAACUUGAAGUACAAAAACACUGAAAUCCAGGCGCAAAAGCAAGAACAACAGAAAACACAUAAAGACCUGCAGUGUAGACUUCAAGAUAUCCAGAAGAGAAACCAGCAGCUGGAAGACAUGUACAAGAAAGUAGAACAGAGAAAUACAGAUGUGCACAAGGCAAAGAGAAUAGAGGAGGCAACAGUUAAAGAACUGAAAGACAAGCUUAAAGAAAAACAAGAACAAUUAGAAGACAUGGUGAAAAGAUGCAGCAAAUGUGAGAAAGAAAACACAGAAACAAUGGAUGAGCUGAAAACCCUCAUCCUUGAGAAAAAAGUGCUCGUGGAACAGUGUCUGAAAAAGAAGAAAAAACGCUUCCACUGGUUCUGGAAGAGGGACACUGCUGCUUCUCACCUGAUGUAA